AUGGUUGAGAUAAGUUUUUAUACUUACCUUCCGUUUCCCUCGGGAAAAUUAGCAAAUUUUGCAAACAAGGGAACUAGAAAAGAGUACAUCAAAAUCGCUAUCCCUCUAUAUGAAGCAUCAAUUAGAGGCGAUUGGACAGCUGCUCAAGAGAUUCUCGAUAAAAGGCCAGAGUUGGUUAGGUAUAGCAUCACUGCAAAUAAUGAAACAGCACUUCAUGUUGCUGCAUCUGCAAAAAGCACCGAACAGGCUGAAGAAUUUGUGAAAAAUCUGAUGACUAAGAUGAAAAAGGAGGACCUGGAACUUAAAAAUAGCAGUUCCAACACUGCCCUGUGUUUAGCUGCUGCAGCUGGCAACGUUAAAAUAGUUGGGAUUAUGGUUGAAAGAAACAGGGCUUUGGUGGCAAUCACUGGUGCUGGAGGAAUGACACCACUGUAUAUGGCCACCUUAUUUGGACAUUAUGAGACAGCCAAGUGUUUGUACGGAUAUUCCCAGAAUUUGCGUGAUGAUUGUUGGGCACCUCUGAACCGUGGUUGGCUUCUUCAGAAAUGUGUUGAGAAUGAUAUGUUUGAUAUUGCACUGGAGAUAGUGAAAGAGUACCCAGAUCUUGGUCUUAGUGGGAGUACUGUACUUGGAGUUUUGGCGAAAAAGACUGAUACCACCUUUGGAUUCUUUUCCCCAUUGUUGCUUUCAGUUUGGACUUGCUUUCAUCCAAAGGUGGGACCUUCUAAAAUGGAAAGUAAAGCUAAUGCGUUGGAACUACUAAAUAUUAUUUGGGGAGCAAUCGCAGAGAAGCCUACAAAGGAAAUUGAUAACAUAAUCAGAGGGCAACCUGAUCCCAUUGAGAAAGACGACAAGCCAGCUUCUGACACGGAUCGAACUCUACAACUACUACAAAAAAUUUCAGAAAAUACUGCCAAAAAGCAUGAUGAAAGUGGGAACACAAACAAAGAGCAUGCUGCUACAACUACAAACAAUACAAAUGUCGCCUUGCAGGAAAGUGCAAGACCAAAGUACUCUUCUCGGAUACUGUUUGUUGCUGCCAAAAUGGGAAAUACUAGAUUUAUUAUUGAGCUCAUCCGUCUGUAUCCUGAUAUAAUAUGGAAAGUAAACGGUGAAAAUCAAAGCAUAUUUCACACUGCUGUCAAACAUCGUCAUGAGGGUAUUUACAGCUUAUUGUACGAGAUAGGCUCAAUGAAGGAUCUCAUAACUCCUCUCAAAGAUAAAAAUGAUAAUAAUAUGUUGCAUUUAGUUGGGAAGAGUGCUAAGAAAAGGCGACUUGAGGAUGUGUCUGGAGUUGCUUUUCAAAUGCAACGAGAACUAUUAUGGUUCAAGGAAGUGGAAGAGAUGAUUCCUCCUUAUCGGGAAAGGAAGAACAAAGAUGGACUAACACCACACGAGUUAUUCACCAAGGAACACAAAGAUCUAGUCAAACAAGGUGAAGACUGGAUGAAAGAUACGGCUAGUCAAUGUAUGGUGGUUGCCACACUUAUUGCCACCAUUGUAUUUGCUGCAGCAUUCACAGUUCCAGGUGGAUACAAUCAGGACAAUGGUAUCCCAAUGUUUUUUGAAAAAGUAGCCUUUAUCAUUUUCGUAGUGUCAGAUGCCAUUUCUUUGUUCUCUUCAUCAGCUUCGAUCCUCAUGUUCUUAUCCAUACUCACAUCACGCUAUGCCGAACGUGAUUUCCAGGAGUCAUUGCCCAAAAAGCUGAUGGUAGGUCUAGCAACACUGUUCCUCUCGAUAACAACCAUGAUGAUUGCUUUUAGUGUUAGCUUCUUCGUGCUAUACCACAACAAAUUGAAAUGGAUACCGAUCCUUAUUACGUUUUUUUCGGCCUUACCAGUCAUCCUAUACGCUACCCUACAAUUUUCUCUGUUAAAAGACGUCUUUUUCUCGACAUAUACUUCUAGGUACCUCUUCUGCCCCAAGAAACAUAUUCUUUACGAUGAAAACUGUAAGCGUAACCGCCGUUGGUUCCAAAUCACAAUUCCUUUCAUUUCAAGAUGUACUACAAAAAUAUCGAAACUGUUGUAA